AUGUCGGCCCCCGCUACCGACCUCCUCGAUCUACCCGCCACCCCUCCAGCAACUACACUUCCACUUCUCUUCACCAGCAGUGGAGGCAGUAACCGCACCCGCUCGCGUGACGAGUUUGACGCUGACAGCGAGGGCGAGCCAGCGUCGUCGCCCCAUCCCCCCAAGAUGCCUCGCACGAGCCAGGUACCAGAGGCCACGCCAGAGGAAGACACAGAUGGCCCCUCUGACCCAACCCUCCGGCGCCUCAUGGAGGAGCUUGAAUGCGGCAUGUGCGCGGGCCUAUACAUCGACCCUGUCUCGGUCAAUGGCUGCGGACACACUUUCUGUGGCAGUUGUGUCACCCAGUGGAUUAAGUCCCUUCCCCGCUUUCCUCCAGUACUCCUCCCUGGCGACCCUGUUCCCGACCCCAUCGCGUGUCCGCAGUGCCGCCAUUCCCCCAUCCAGAUCGCCACGCCAUCGCGCAUGGCCAAGACCAUGGCCAGCGUGCUUCUCCAGGCGUACCCUGGUGCGGCGCGCCCUCCUAACGAGAUCGUGCAGGCGGAGGCGCUGUACAACCCUUUCGACCCUGCUAGAGGUGUGCUGAAGUUUCCCACGCCGCCUCCUGCUUCCCGCAUGCACGAGAGAGACUACUGGCGCCCGUGUCGCUGGUGCUACACGGAGGGAGACGGCUGGAAGUGCCCAGUUCCAGUCCCCCGCUUUGACGUUCCUGCCGAGAGGUCGCUGUGCAUCCGCGCAGAUGGCGUUCCUCCUGAGGGCCACCGUCUCUGCGCUGGAUGCGAACGCCUCAGCCCCGCCAACGCGCCCACUAGCUCGUCCUGCGGUCUCUGCGGAGAAGGUUUCUGCGGCGACGCCCAAACCAAUUGUGACUGCUCGCCUGCUUCUCAGUCCAAGCCGUCGAACCAGUACAACAUGCUGGCGGCCAUGCUCGAGGACGGACCGAGUGACAUGCUCUCGAUGGCAUUCAAGGACAACUGGACCGAGAUGUACAACCUGGGCAUCUAUCUUGCUGCCAACUCGGAAGCCAGCACCACGCCUCUCAUCUACAAGGAUAUCCUCGGGUGGCUGCGCUCUCCAGAGGGCAUCGACUCGGGCGGCGUGCUUGGCCUCAUGACGCGCGCCGACAUUGGCGUCCGUCUGCGCUCUGGUGCAGCCAAUGAGAUGCAGCAGUGUGUCAUGCCCGUCGAAGGCGGCACGGAGGAGGAGAAUAUCUGCAGCAACUGCUCCGACGAACUGCUAUGCUCUGGCAUCUUUGAGUGGUGGAUGCGCCAGUUGCAGAAGCCUGAGGUUGCGGACAAGAUGCCAGGCCACAUCAAGGGGCGGCCCAACUGCAAGUUUGGUCGCAAGUGUGCGCGUCAGGAGCAUGACAUCCACUCGAAGAAGUACAACCACAUAUGCGAUGCGCUUCCAACCGAGGAGGCGGAGAAGAUUCAACAGGACGACACAAUGCCUGCUGGUACAAUGGGUGGACCCAACGAGCCAGGACCGAGUAGACGCCCCCAGCGCCACAUCCUGAAUGGCGAGUCGGACAGCGACGACGAGAGCGAUGGCGGCACGGACACGGACGACGAAGACGACCGCAAAGCCAACUAUGUGGACGUGGGAACUCAAUGGGAACCUACCCCGACUGGCACUGCCAUGACCGUUGGCGCGUCACCCAUCCACGCGGCGUGGAGGUGGAGAAGCGAGGCCACUGCGACUCCUGCUGCCACGACGCUGACCUUUGGCAAUGCGAGUCCUCCCCCUGUACCAGUACAGUCGCAACCAGCAGUCGCCAUAGCCAACCUGAUCCACGAGGUCAACACUGCACCUUCACCGUCCAACUCCAGACUACUGCUGUCCCUUCGACAGGCCAGUCCCAGAAUCUCUGGUUCAGCAUCAUCGGCUUUAGCGGGGUCGCCAUCGACGGUGGCACCGCACCUCGUGUUCAACGACAUGCGUCGUGCGCAGACGCCUCCUCUUGGCAUGUCGCAGAUUGCCAACUAUGCUCUCGGACCCAACGCCGAUUCUGCGUCAUCGUCACCACCGCAUUCCACAGGGCUACUCAAGCUUGCUGUUCCGGUUCUCAAGUCUUUGCCAACCCCUAUGGCUUUUGAUGCCUUUGUCGGCGGAGGAGGAGAAGGAGGGGGGGUAUCAGAGAUUGUUGGUGGGAGCAGCAUCGAGUGGCCCGCGGGCUCUUCCCUGGACAUUGACUGA